GAUGUCACGGCUCAUAGAUAAAGAAGUGAUAGAGAACAAAAGGCUUUCAGUACGUCUGCUGACAGCUGACGAGCCAUCAUACUUUGAUAGUUUUGAGGACAAUGUAGCAAUUGAAUGCAGUGAAAAACUGAGACUCCAGCUAUUUUCCUAUCCUAAUGAGACUUUGAACAGGAUGAUGAAAGUACAGUCCCCUUACAACAUGGACGACGGGUCUUGGACUCCAUUACUUGUCUUUAUUACUGACUACGCGCUUUACGUAGCUGAUGUAAAACCAGGCGGCACCGAGUACGAACUGCUGUGUCGACUGCCUCAUAACGAAUUGGACGCUAUUGCUGUGGGUCCGGAAGCGCAAUAUAUCCAGGUUGUUGAUAUCGCCGGGAACAUAGCCUGUUCCGUAGUAACUGCUGAAGGUUCUUUAGGGGCCCGACUUGCCUCUUCAUUAGAAUGGAGUGCACGAACGUCGCCACUGCGAAUCCAGCGUCCACCGGCCAUGUUGCCUUUAAGUUGUUGGCACCUCGCCUCCGCCGUCACGAGAAAACGUCACGAGAAACGGGUGCCGGAAAUUUUAUACUACGGAAGGGCUUGUUCAGGUGACGCUGGCGAUAGAUAUUUCGAAGCCCCAGGGGCUUUUGCGCCCCCACUUGAAGGAUACCUAAUGUGUAGAACCGACAAGAGCAAACGAUUUGAACCCAGCUAUUUUUUACUCAGGGCUGGAGUACUUCACUGGGGGGCCCAUUCGCCGGACGGCACAAUCCCCCUCCCAAACCACAUCUCUCUCCGUUCAGUAGUGGGUGUGAGGCGGCACUUGGACGCGUCCCGAAGGCCGCACUGCUUCGAGAUUGCGCUCGGUGACUCCAGUAGACUGCUGCUGGCGGCUCCCGAUGAUCCUACGGCAUCCUCCUGGCUGCAGUCACUUUUGCUGCAUGCUGCGCAGGCUUUAGAAGAAAAAGAUGGAGCGAAAAAAGUGGACCCUCGUGCAGGCGGGCCACCACCAGCGUGUACUGUGCUGGUGACACCUCACGAGGUCCUCAGUGUGCGUGACAGUUUGGACUUUGCCUUCGUGGCUGGAGCUGCCGCUUACCUCAAAGACAGAGGUUCCGAUGCAUUACUAAAAGAGUACAUCGAAGAAAUGAGGACAGACAUUGAAAUAUUGGUGUGCGGCUCCAUAAAGAAUUUGACAGCAUUCAAGAUCCCCGAUACUGAUGAAAAUUGGUGUUGUUUGGAGUGGAGCGUGUGCGAAGCGCGCGAACGUGGUGCGGGGCUGGCGCUAGUGCUGGCCAGCGGCGCUGAGCUCGAGCGCUUCAUCGCCGCGCUCGAGUGCGCCUACUGCUCGCUCACCAGUGAACCAUUCCCACUGAGCGUGGUGGAUGCAUCCAAGUCAGCGUGCAGUAUCGCCCAUGCCAAGUUUGAAGCCGCCUGGUCACAUAUGCUGCCCGCUCAACACUAAAACGUAAUCCAUUAUGUAUAUUGAUAAUAUUGUUAUUGUCAAAUUGUUAACAGAUAUUAAAUUAGCUAUAUUUCAAGAUGAUUUGGUUUGCAUUUGGUUGAUAAUAUAAUCACGAAUUAACGUAAUAUGAAAUUCGUUUUCAUAAAUAUAUUUUUGGUGAAUCAUUUUAAAAAGUACAGAAUUUACUUGUAUUUUUUUUAUAAAAUAUUACCCAAUAUUUUAAAAUCUCAAUGAUCUCUCACUCUAUAUUUAAAUUUAAAAUAUUUGUUUAAAGUUUGACAGUAACAAUAUAUAGCGAGAGCUUAAAACUUGUCCAUUUAUUUCCAUAGGAAGUGACUAUUGUAUUGAGUUGCUAAAAACUGAAAUUUCAGUGCCGCAUAAGCAUGUCAAUGUGAACGGGCACACAACAGAUACUUCGCCUUAUUGCUACUUUAUAUAUUGCCCUAUAAUACAAAACUGUAUUAUCCUACAAUGCAAUAGUAAUUUACGAAUUAAGUUAAAUAAGCUUUUGUUCCACGAGCAUUUAUGAUGAUGGCUUCGGGUUGGGCCAUAAGUUGCUAUAAUUUCGCGGUCGUUAAUUUUUUUCGCAAAUAAUGGCAACAUGGCGAUUCUAAAUAUAAUUUCAGUUUUAGCUACUUUUUUCUGGCAUCUAAACGGCAACUCAGAAAAUCAAUAUUGCUUGUUAUCGAUAAGUUUAUAAAAUUGUGGCAAUUAAAUUGUAAAACCAAUACGAAUGUCCGCGUCACAGUAUCGUUGGCAGCAAAUAGACGUCAGUUUAACUAUUUCACCAAUACUCAUUCAAUUCUUAUAAUUUCUCGCAUGUUUAGUAAUUGUUUAGUCUCUGUUAGACAGAGGCUGAAAGAUAAGCACAAUUUAGUAUAAUUUAAUUUGAUACGUCGCUUCGUUAGAACGGAAUCGCACAGGACUUCAAAGAGUCUUGCAAACAUGUGCGAUAACUAUUUACAUAUAAACAGAUUACCAGUACAAUGCAUAAUAUACCAUUUCGACUUUCGCCUCACGAUCAAAAAUUAUAGUUAUUGUUAUUUUAUUAUUUAAUAACUGGGGUAUACAUUAUUAUAUAAUAUUCUAUUAUGUCUAAAUGCUUAAUGCCAAAUAUUUACUUGAAAAAUAUACGCGCACGUUAAGAAAAGGGUUGGUGUUGCUGACAACUUCACUAUCAUUUUUUUUAUUUAAUUUGUUAAAAUAGGUUAGUAUACAAAUCUAUAUGAUGUAUAUUGAAAGAUUCGGUAGGAAUUCUAUUUCCAGCCAGUAUGCCUAUAAAAUAUUAAAUUACUACAAGAGGCAGUACAAAAUUGCAGCCAAAAAAAUUUGAGAAAAUAUUAUUUCUAUAAAAUACAAAUGUUUAAUUGUUGUUAUAUUUUUCAGUUUAUAAUAGAUAUAUAC